AUGAAGAAGAAAUACGAAUCAUUUAUUACAACAGGAAGACUCUCAGAUUGUAUUGCAUGGCUAGAGACCGCAAUUCAAGCCGAAAGAGCUCCAAUGCCGCCUAUUCAAGAUAUGAUGCCUCAUGCGGGCAUGCCUCUUAUGCAUAUGAAAUCACAACCUUCUGUUCCGCUUGCACCGAGAAUUAUUCAACUGGAACAACCAUCUCCUCUUAUUAGAAAUGCUUCUUUCGUUACUCCUUUCCAAUAUUUCCCAAUGUAA